GGCUUCACUUAACAAUCUCUCCUUCCCACGCACUUGAGAGGAUCCAGUCGAAUACUCAUUGACAAGGCAACAUGAGUAACAAAUUGGGCCUCCCCGGCCUCAAGGGUACGCCCUUGAUCACUGCCAUUACUUCCGUUUGUUCGGCAGCAUUCUUGCUUUUUGGCUAUGAUCAAGGAGUCAUGAGUGGUGUCGUUAUCUCCGACUACUGGCUUCACGAGAUGGGCAACCCCAGUACCGUUAUGGUUGGGACCAUCGUAGCACUGUACGAUGUUGGUGCGGUGUUUGGAGCCAUCGGGGCUGCCAUGACAGCUGAGAGGCUGGGCAGGAAGCGCGCAUUAAUCUUUGGAACAGUGCUUCUGAUCAUUGGGUCGGUGCUGAUGGGCUCGUGCUACGAGAGAAUCCAGAUGAUGUUUGGGAGAGUCUUCACAGGUCUUGGCAUCGGCUACAUUACCUCGGUCGCGCCAGUAUAUCAAAGUGAGGUGUGCUUGCCAACUCAACGAGGUUGGCACCUAUGUUGCCAAUUGACUACCCUGUUGUUCGGACUUAUGCUCGCAUACUGGAUGAACUAUGCCUUCUAUUUCCAGCCAGGCCAGCUGCAGUGGCGAUUUCCCCUGCUUUUCCAGAUCGUUCCAGCAAUUUACAUCAUCGUGGUUACGGUUUUCCUUCCCGAAACACCUCGGUGGCUUAUGUUACAUGAGACGAGCCCUGAAAGGGGUACUCAUGUUCUCUCCAAGCUUCGAAAUGCUCCGAUUGACCACCCGAGCGUGCAGAAGGAAAAGGAGGAAAUUUUAAUGGCUGUGCAAAUGGAGCUCCAGGAAGAAGGAUCAUGGAAGGAUCUCUUCCGGGAUGGGGGCGUAUCAGCCCACAAACGCUUCUGGCUAGCUGUGGGUAUCCAAUUCAUGCAACAAACUUCCGGAAUCAACAUUGUUAGCUAUUACGCGCCAACGAUUUUCCAACAGAGUCUGGGAAUGACGCAGGAAAGGGCUCUUUUUGUUGGAGGCUUCCUUCAGAUUUGGUACAUCCUCGCAUCGUUCCUCACGUGGUAUAUGAUCGAUUCGGUUGGUAGACGAAGGCUUUUCAUCAGCAUGGCUAUCGGUAUGUGCGUGGUGCUCGUCGCGGAGGCCAUUUGUGUCGCAAAUGGCGGUUUCCAUGCCGGAAUUGCUGCCGUCUUCUUCGUUUUCGCGUUUGAGGGAUGCUUCACCUGGGGAUGGAUGGCAACAAGCUGGGUUUAUCCGGCUGAAAUCCUUCCCUUGAAGAUUCGAGCGAAAGGUAUGGGUCUGGCUGCUGCUGCGGACUUUCUCGGCAAUUUUGUUGUGGUUGAAAUUACUCCUCCCGCGCUGAAGAAUAUAGGUUACAAGACAUACAUUAUCUUUGCGGUCCUCAACAUCGUCACGGCUACAGUGUGCUUCUUCUUCUACCCGGAGACCAGUGGCUUGUCCCUCGAGCAUAUCGACAUGUUGUUUGUCGAGGAUGCUGCUGAGUCCGCCAACGAAAAGAAAGGCCUCAACAGGUUCAAGUGGAAGAUCGUCCCGAGAGCAUGGGCGGCGGUCAGGCGGGCCAGGGAAGAGAGAAAGGGGGCCAAAGAGAGUGGAGAUGGACGAGGUGAAAUGGGUGAAACCACCGAAACAUUCGAGAAAUCAGGCACGACCAGUCUUGCCCACGUCGAAAAGAACUAGGCGAUUGGGUUUGACCGUGUGUUUCUUGGAGAGUUCUGGGUACGUAGAGCAGAUUGGAGCUGCCGUGGAUGAAGGGAAGAUGGUGAAUGACUGAGGUCGGCUGCAAGUGCGGAGGAGAAUGCCCGAGGUGUUGGGACAGUUGGUUUCUGUUACAGCUGCUGGCAAUCUUUGAUAAUGUAUCAAUGGCACUAUUUGAGUAGGAGAAGUAGC